AUGGUUGGCGAAUUAAGUUCCGUUGUCGAAGUUAGUAAGCCGGAAUUCGUGAAUGAAUCUAACGUCAGCAGUGACAUCAUCGAUGAUCCUUGUAACGACGGGACGCCGCUUUUGGAGGUGGAAGACGGUUCGCAUGCUUCACGAAACAGCGAGAAUUCGCAUGCUUCUCGGGACGGCGAUGUUACCCUUCGCAACAUCGAAGCAGCUGACAGUGAUCUCGACUCGAUUCCCUCAGGCUCAGAUCCGCAUUUUCGGGAAUCCGUGAGCAGCGAACAGUGUGGAGCCACGUCAUGCUGCACAAGCUGCGAUGUGACCGUUGACGCGACUCGAACGAGCGACAACGGGGUCGCGAUCAGCGGGAUCCACGCCGCGAUCGACGCAAACCGCAGGAAUGGAAACGAGGAGAUCCAGAAUCGGAGGACCGAGGAGGCACUGAACGAAGCUCAACUGCGCGACAGAUCUAGUCCCGCUCGUUGUAAUCACGCGUGCUGCUCGACGGACCACACAUCUCGUGGGUCACUGGAUGGGUCAACGCAUGAUAGGUCAACGCACGAUGGGUCAACUGUUACGCUUGACGUUGACUUUGCAAAUCUGUGGGCUCAGUCGCUCGGAGUGGCUUUCGGCGCUGUCAUCUCUGAGGGCGAGUUGGGGACGGAGGCGGGAGCAGGUGCAGGGAAAGUCACGGUGGGGGAAGAGGGGACUGGGGAGGAAGGAGUGGAUGAUGAGUUGGUGGGGGAGGAGGGGAUGGAGGAAGAUGGGGUGGAAAAAGAGCAGGGAGUGGGAGUGUUGAGCUCGCUCAUCUCUUCGUAUGACCCCAUGGCUGCCGUGCUGCUGCAGAUCACAGCCCCCACCCCCUCCCUGCUCGCCCUCCGCUACGUAACCGCCCUAGAGGAGCGAAACCGCCUCUCAGCAGCGAAGCUUUCCCAAUCCGCCCUCUCAGUCUCCCUCCACGCGCAACACUUAGCCGCCACAGACCUCUCAAACCACCUUAUGGCUCAGAAGGUCGAGCUUUCCAAGGGGGAGAAGGCGAGGAGGGAGCGGGAGGUGCGGGAGAGGCGAGGCAGGGAGGAGCUAGCUGGGUUUGCCAGGGCUUGUGCGGAUGAGUUAGUGGCAGGGUUGCUGGUGAUGCUGGUGGUGAUAGGAGCGACAGGGUGGAGGUUUGCAGGAGAGAGGUUGGCUGCUGGUGUGGCGGCUUGCCAGGUUCGGCAUGAUCCUGCGCUGGACGCUUCGUCUUUUCUCGGGGUUUCGUUCUCCCGCCCGGACCGGUCGCUGGUGACAUGGCUGCGGCUGAUUGGCUGCAAGCUGACCGUUGCUGGGCAGAUGCUGCUGGCGUUUUUGGUUGCGUCUGCUACUACUUAUAUCAUGCUGCUCAAUAACAUGGCUGCUGCUACAGGGGCGGGCAGUGCCCAUUCCCGCCCGGCUACCACCAUUGUGCUGUGUCUGGGGUGCGUGUGCGGUUACUUUGGGUUCUAUGCGGCAACGGAAUGGUUAGCGGGAGGGCCAGCACAAGGGGCGUGGGGUGGAAGGGGCAUGGCAUUGGGAAGAUGGUUGGGGGUGUGUGGAGGCGGAUGGCUGAGAUCGUGA